UUCUCCACUAAUCCUAGCAAUCAAAGUAAUCGAGAUGCAGACGAAGAUAGGGCUGUGCGCAGCGGUGUUGCUAGGCCUGGUGGCAUUGGCCGUCGCCCAGAGUGGCAGCAACGUUAGAGCCACGUCCCAUUCGUACAGGCCGGCGCAGAACAGGUGGGACCUGAACGCAGUGAACGCUUAUUGCGCGAGAUGGGACGCCGGCAAGCCCUUGGCGUGGCGCAAAAAGUACGGAUGGACCGCCUUCUGUGGCCUGGCCGGCCCUCACGGCCGGGGAGCCUGCGGCAAGUGCGUUAAGGUCACGAACACUAGGACAGGAGCUGAAGAAACAGUGAGAGUAGUCGAUCACUGCAACAAUGGAGGGCUGAUUUUGGAUGAAGGGGUGUUUCGGAAAUUGAAUGAUGAUUGGAAGGACUAUAAACAGAGCUACCUCGUUGUCGACUACGAGUUCGUCAACUGUGAUUACUGAACAACUUCUAGAGUUAUCCGACGUUUAGGCUAACUAGCUUUAUGAAUAAAUAAUUCUCACUCUUUUAUAUAUAGAUACAUAUGCAGAGGAGAGGCUUUUAAAUAAGUGUUGUACUUGCUAUUCAGCAAUACGUCUCACGUUGGAUAUGAAUAUAUAUAUAUAUAUAUAUAUAUAAGGUUGUGUUUUUAUUUCGUCGUUUGAAAUUAUUGACAUUCACGUUGAGGGAAUAUCCCGUUGAGAAGAAAAUUAUCCUAUUUUCCAUAUGAUCUACUGAUCAUUAUG